UGACGUAAGUUAGUUAUAAGUUUAGCAUUAGAGGCGAUGUAGUCUCAUCAAUCGAUCGCAUUUGGUAUCGUUCGUUUUCCUGUUUUCGGAGAAAUUUGGAGUUGCGAUUAGAUAUUUUAAGAGAACGUUAACAGACUUUGUUCGCGUAUCUGACACUUUUGGUUGUAAGUUGUGUAUCGGUUUCACGUACCUAGCUAGCUCUUAGCUCUUAACUACUAGGCUAGAUAGAGCUGAGUGUGUGUAGCCAGCAGGUCGAGCAGCUGUUAUCAUGACCCGGCGGCUUUGUGCGAGCCAUUGAGGGAACACAUCUCCUACGUGUGGUUUAAGUUUUCCAGAAAUGCUGUCGUGUGAGCUCGGUUUAGGAAGAUGAACAUAUUCGGUUAUAAACCUUAAUGAUCAUUAGUGGUAACCAGAGUAUUGGUUAGCUAGCAGGCUAGGAGCAGUUAAAUUGCGAUUUACAAUCAGUCGGUGGCAAAUUCGACAUUUGGCAGGAUGGAUUUCCACAGCGUGCUCUCCAUCGCGUCUCAAAACCAAGGCCUGAGCAACUUACCGAAGAGGUACAGCUUAAAACCUGGCCCCCCGAAAAAAGACCCAAGAGUCAAAGGUGUCAAUUCCUCUGCAGUGCAAGCAUACUUGAGAAAGCAGGAGACAGAACAUAAAAAGAAAGAACUGGAGAAAAAAAGGCAGAAGGAUGAUCUCCUGGCUAAGAGAGUGGAAUUGAAAUCCGACCGAAAGGCACGUGCAAUGGCGUCUCGCACCAAGGACAACUUCCACGGCUACAAUGGCGUACCCAUUGUAGAGCAGCCGAAGAAAAGGAAAGGCAACGAUGAAACGUUCGAGGAUGAACCAGAAAGCAACAGUGCUUAUGAUGAUGAGGACAAUUAUGAAUAUGCAGAAACAGACUCUGAAUCUGAACCGGAACCCACCACACCCGCAGUCAGGUUUCAGGAACGCAGUAAUGGUUCGACCAAAAUGAGCAACACACAGAAAAAAAAUAGUGCUCCACCCAAGGCUGCUCCUCCACCUAUGAAUUUUGCAGAUCUCCUAAAGCUCGCUGAGAAAAAACAGUUUGAACCUGUCGAGUUGAAACAAGUAAAGAAAACUGAAGAGAGGCUUCGCACUGCGGAUGAAAUCAAGGAGUUAGAAAUUGAGCGUAAAGCUAAGAAACAAGAUAAAGGAAGAGACAUUAAGCCAGAUAAAGGUUCAGGGUACAAGGAUAGUAAAUCCAGCACGAAUUCUCACAAGAAAAAUGUUAUUGACAGGGAAGGCACAUCGCACAGGUCAUCAAGUGAGAAAGCCUCCAGUGGAAUUAGCAAAACGCCAAAGCUGCACACACAGGCUGAGCGACUGCACAGUUCUGCCAAAUCAUCUCAUGGAUCUAAACCUAGCUCUAGCUCCUCAGGUGCCUUAAGCGGUAAAGCUGCCAUGAAGGGAACUUCAGCUUUAGUCAAGCAAACAGGGCACAGGCCCCAGUCUGGUGGAAAGCCAAACACCCCAAGUGACCUUAACUCUAAGAAAGUCUAUCCAGGACUACCUCAAGUUAAAAUAAAUAGUUCUGGGAGUCGAGCUGAUGCUGUUUCAAACUCGUCUAGACCGUCAGGUCAUGGCCAGUUAAGGGAGAUUAAGGGAUCUGGGCACACCAGACCUAGUCAGGGUAACACAAACAAGAAAGGACCACCUCAAAAGCCGGGAAAGGCAGAGAUGCCACGAUCUGUUGGCCCCCCUCCUCCCCGACCAGGUAUCAAUGGACCUAUGAGAUCUGCACAUACUGGUUCCUUAAGACAAGCAGAAUCCCAGCAGCCAAGACCCGGAGGCAGCAUGCAAGGACGUCCUGUUCCUGGAGGGGUAAAACCCUCUGCGAAUGGACAAGGCAAACCUAGCAGACCAUUAAACAGUACAGGACCAGGUCCUGGAAGGCCGCCAUGUACUGUUGUAUCUGAGACUAUUUCAUCAAAGAACUUUGCUCCUAAACAAGGAAUGCCUGCCAGGCCUCCAGCACCUCAGGGGCCGAAAACAAUCAUAGGACCAACAGGUCAUAGAAUUAUCGCUAGACCACCUGGACCAGCGCUACCACCAAUAACAUCAAACUACAAACGCAUGCAUGAGGAUGAAGAGGAGUAUGACUCUGAGAUGGAUGACUUCAUUGAUGAUGAGGGAGAAGAACAGGAUGAAAUUUCAAAACAUAUCCGAGAGAUCUUCGGCUAUGAUCGGAAAAAAUACAAAGAUGAAAGUGACUAUGCAUUAAAGUUUAUGGAGAGCAGUUGGAAAGAUCAGCAGAAGGAGGAGGCGCGAAGUUUGCGCUUGGGUAUCAAAGAAGAUGAAGAAGAAAUGCGUAUGGAGGAGGAAGAGAUGAAAAGAAAACUAGCGAUGAAAGCAAAACGCAGAAAGACUUGAUGUUGGACUUUAUUUGCUUGACUAGUGUGGAGUAAAGUCAGUUACAUAGAGCAAGCUCAACACUCUUUUUGUGCCAUUUUGCAAUUAAUGUUAUUUAUUUCAAAUUACCAAAAUAGGGGAUCAGUUUUGCACUACCAAGAGCCCAUCUUUAACAGCUGAGCUUUAGAGAACGUAAUAUAUUGUGUGUCACUAAUGCCAUUUUUUUAUAUUAUUGGUAAUGAUCAUGUAAUUACAAUCAAUAGAACAGAAUCAACAUCUGCUUUGGUAUAUGUUCAGGAUUUCAAAUCUGUUUUAUUUUAUUAACGGUCUUUAAUGAUGGAAGAAACAUUCUGCAAUUUUCGCAAUGUAUUUUUCUUGUUAAAGAAAUUUGACACA